GAGAGUGAAGAAAUGUCGCGUAACGUACGUUUUAAUGGCACGAGUUGCUAAAAUUAGAGAUUAGCGGGAAAGGCGGAUCACCGGCUUUCAUAAAACAGUCACUAAUGUGACGCCUAUGGGCAGUUUUCACUCCACCCAGAAAAUGCAAAGUCGGAGAAAACUUUCUUCCUCCUUUGAACUCUUCUGCCCAGAGUUGUGUAGUUGUGCGAGCAGCGCAGCUAUAUAUAACACGUCUUAUCUGUUUAGAAGAAAAAAGUGUGCGAUAUAUCUCGCGCGGGAGAAAGUAGAAGAAGAAGUAGGCGAAAGCGUGAAGGCAAUCGACAUGCCAGGGCGAAUCUAAGUUAUUCGUGUAACUUUCACAAGCUGUCCUGCAUCAUGAGGCGACCACAGUCAGUCGAAACGGUGUCUUUAAAGACACUUCUCGUUAUGCUCGUAUUUUUGAAGGUCUCAAAGGGGGUGCUAGGCUGCACUGGAUGUACAUUUAAUAAAACAAUAUCAACAUCUGAAAUAAUCAUAUCUGGGGCAAGCGACUGUACAAUGAGCUCUUCGGCGGUACUCCAAAGAAAUACUCCAAAGGGCAAGGACCUCCAUGUGUCAGGACUAGUGCCUGGAAGAUCAUACGACUUAACGUUGAACUGUCCUAUCGAAUGCUGCAUACAGUUUACAACAAAACCUGAUGUCAUCAGGGGUCUCACCUUCUCUCAAAUCACCACGUCAUCUGUGCGUCUGAGCUGGACUGCACCUCAAGGAAAUAGCUCAUUUUAUAGAGUAGGGUGGAAUAACAGCGCUGUAUCUAUGAAUAUAACCACCAAUGAAACGUCUGUGGACAUAACCGGUCUGACCGCUGGAGCUCAGUACACCUUUUAUAUUGUUGCGGUCGCUGAAGACAGGCUUUCUGAGGGAGGCUCUGUCAAUGAGACGCAGUACACAAGACCCAAUGUCAUCAAGAGCCUCUCUGUCACUCACGUCACCACGGAAACUGUGUCUUUGAGCUGGACUGAGCCGGAGGGAAAUUGCUCAUUUUAUAGAGUAGAGUGGGAUGACAACACUGUACCUAUGAAUAAAACCACCAAUGAAACGUCUGUGGACAUAACCGGUCUGACCGCUGGAGCUCAGUAUGUGUUCAGAGUUGUUGCGGUUGCUGCAGAUAAUCAAACUGCGGGAGAUUCUGUCAGUGAGACUCAGUACACAAGACCUGAUGUCAUCAGGAACCUCUCUGUCACUCACAUCACCACGGAAACUGUGUCUUUGAACUGGACUGAGCCGGAGGGAAAUAGCUUGUUUUAUAGAGUAGAGUGGGAUGACAGCACUGUAUCUGUGAAUAAAACCACAGAACAAACGUCUGUGGUCAUAACCGGUCUAACCGCUGGAGCUCAGUAUGUGUUCAGAGUUCUUGCAGUUGCUGCAGAUAAUCAAACUGCAGGAGAUUCUGUCAAUAAGACUCAGUACACAAGACCUGAUGUCAUCAGGAACCUCUCUGUCACUCACUUCACCACGGAAACUGUGUCUUUGAACUGGACUGAGCCGGAGGGAAAUAGCUCGUUUUAUAGAGUAGAGUGGGAUGACAACACUGUACCUGUGAAUAAAACCACCAAUGAAACGUCUGUGGUCAUAACCGGUCUAACCGCUGGAGCUCAGUAUGUGUUCAGAGUUCUUGCAGUUGCUGCAGAUAAUCAAACUGCAGGAGAUUCUGUCAAUAAGACUCAGUACACAAGACCCAAUGUCAUCAAGAACCUCUCUGUCACUGACGUCACCACGGCAACUGUGUCUUUGAACUGGACUGAGCCGGAGGGAAAUAGCUCAUUUUAUAGAGUAGAGUGGGAUGACAACACUGUAUCUAUGAGUAAAACCACCAAUGAAACGUCUGUGGUCGUAACCGGUCUGACUGCUGGAGCUCAGUAUGUGUUCAGAGUUCUUGCAGUUGCUGCAGAUAAUCAAACUGCAGGAGGUUCUGUCAGUGAGACUCAGUACACAAGACCUGAUGUCAUCAGGAACCUCUCUGUCACUCACGUCACCACAGAAACUGUGUCUUUGAACUGGACUGAGCCGGAGGGAAAUAGCUCAUUUUAUAGAGUAGGGUGGAAUAACAGCACUGUAUCUGUGAAUAAAACCACCGAACAAACGUCUGUGGUCAUAACCGGUCUGACCGCUGGAGCUCAGUAUGUGUUCAGAGUUGUUGCGGUUGCUGCAGAUAAUCAAACUGCGGGAGAUUCUGUCAGUAAGACUCAGUACACAAAACCUGAUGUCAUCAGCAACCUCUCUGUCACUCACGUCACCACGGAAACUGUGUCUUUGAGCUGGACUGCGCCGCAGGGAAAUAGCUCAUUUUAUAGAGUAGAGUGGGGUGAGAGCACUGUAUCUAUGAGUAAAACCACCAAUGAAACGUCUGUGGUCAUAACCGGUCUGACCGCUGGAGCUCAGUAUGUGUUCAGAGUUGUUGCGGUUGCUGCAGAUAAUCAAACUGCAGGAGGUUCUGUCAGUGAGACUCAGUACACAAGGCCAGAGAAAGUGGUGAUUGUGUCUAAGCAAACAGGAAAUAGCAGCCUGGGCAUUGCCUGGGAACAGCUAGGGAAGGCCAGUGCUACCUCUUAUGAGGUAAACCUGAACCUGACAAACUCUGCCCCCCAAAUUCAAAAAAAUCUAAGUACAACUGGAAUGGAAGCCAACAUUUCUGGAUUGAGCCCCGGGAGGAUCUACGACAUUACUGUGACUUCAGUCGCUGGAUCUUUCAAAAACACUUCUGACAUUUUCCAAUUUGCCACUAAACCCAACCCACCUCAAUCCAUUAAAACAAAUCAAACAAAUUACUCCAUCUCAGUCACAUGGAAGACCCCUCUGGGCAUGGAUGGACUUACGGGGAUCAGCUACAACAUCAGCUACCAGAGCCGCAGUGAUUGGAACCACAUCAGUGUUUCAGAGAACAAUGUCACCCUCUCCCCCCUGUCCCCCGGGACAGAAUACAGCAUUACCCUGGAGACUAUGGGACCUCAGAACCUGAGAAGCACAAGUGUCCACCUUCCUGUGUACACUGCACCUGACUCUCCAUCAGAUGUGAAGGCUGUUGGUACUACGACGAAUAUGACUGUGACCUGGAGUUCAAGUGGGGGCAGUUCCUACAAUGUUACGAUCUGCAAUAGCAGUGCUGUGCAGAUAGACAGCAGAACUGUGCCAUCCGUUCAGCCAGUGUUGUUCUCCAAUCUGAGGCCGGGACGGCUGUACAACGUUAGUGUCUUUGUCCUCAGUGGGCCCCACCAGAAGUCAGAAAUGAUAACAAAUGCAACAUAUCCUAAUCCACCUAAAGCCAUUAAAGUGGUGGAGCAGACCACUGGAUCCAUUAACAUCAGCUGGGGCAGACCACUGGACAUGGACCUGGGCCAGUAUAGCUUCACUGUGUUCAUAUCCAGUCCCAACCUAAUGACUGCAGACAACUGGACUCGCUUGGAUAACCUUACAUCUGGAACCCCCUAUAACAUCUCCGUGGUCACCGUGGGACCAUUGGGAUACCAGAGCAUGCCAGUCCGCAUAUUAGCCACCACCAGGCCCUAUCCUGUGAGGCAGCUGCGGGGAGCAGCGAUCAAUACAUCCAGUAUCUUGCUGAUUUGGGAUCAGCUGGAACCAAAGGACGGUUAUACGUACAACGUCACAGUGGCAUACCCCAACGGCACCCUGAAAAAACUAAGAGUGAACAGUACCACUGUGCACAUAGGUGGACUGCAGUCAGGGUACAAUCACACUUUCACCAUCACAACCCUGGCAGCCGAUGGCACCGCAGCCGACCCUUGGUCCAUCAGUUUAUUCACAAAGCCUGAUCCCAUUGGGGGAUUAAAGGCUGUCACGCUGAACACCACCACUGUGUACCUGAACUGGACUCGACCUCAGGGGACCCAGUCUGACUACUCUUACAGGGUGGAGACCACUGGGUGCACAUCUGCCCCAAAGAACCAAUCGGAGAACAGGGAGAGUGCUUAUGUCACAGAUCUGAGAUCAGGGUCCAACUGCACCUUCACAGUGUAUUCCCGGGUUGGGAAGGACACUGAGGGAAAGCCCGUUUCAACCUCUCAAUACACAAAGCCUGAGAAACUAACACCCACAGUUUCACCCGGAGGCAAUGAUUCCAUCACCGUGUCAUGGCAAACUCCCAAAGGCACCGUAGAAAAGUAUGUGGUAAACUUGACCAGCAGUGAUGGCGAGAGCUCAACACAGGAACUGAGCUCCACUGUCCGGUCUCACAAGUUCUCUGGCCUGAUGGCUGCGGAGGUGUACUCCGUGAAGCUGAAUACGAUCAGUGGGCCCUUCACUGAAGAAUCGGAGCCGGUUUCAAACGCAACCUAUCCAAACCAGCCUGGACAAAUCACAUUAAAGGAGAGGACCACCAACUUCAUGUUCUUAGAAUGGGGUGAAGCCCCUGGCAAUGGCUCUUUCAACUACAGUGUGUUCUACCUGCCAGCUGCCAACACCACCAUCACCCAACACUGUAACACUGUCAAUCUGUCAGACCUGGCACCUGGGACCGCCUACAACAUCUCCGUCUCCACUGUUGGUCCACUGGGCUUCACCAGCCUGCCAGUCCGGAUCCAGGUCACAACUAGACCAGAGAGUGUUCGAUCUCUUGAAGUGAAUUCAACAUCUGCAGAAGAGAUCACUGUACAGUGGGAAGCUACCAGAUACCGCUACAAAGUGGCUGCAGCAAACUCCUCAGAUGAAACGGACCAGACACAUUAUCGAGUGAGGAAUCUCACUCCUGGAACUCAGUACACUGUCAACGUAACAACGCUGGCAUGUGAUGGGACAGAGGGAAUCCAGAAAUCUGUGACAAACUGCACAGACGCGGCUCCAGUGACUGAUCUGAGCUGCAAGGGGCCCAACCAGACUGAUGCCGUGCUCGUGCUCUCAUGGUCGAAACCCAGGGGCGCCAACCUAGGGUUCGAGGUUCUUCUGGACAACAGCAGGAGUCCGGAACAGACCAACAGCAGCUCCCACAACGUGACAGAUCUCUUUUACAACACUGAGUACAAUGUGAUGGUCUGGACCCUCGGUUGUGGGAAAAAAAGUGUAGUCACUGAGAAGGUCUGCAAGACGGGUAUCACAGCUCCGCCUGCUCCUGACACUGCGGACGUGUCCAUCACUGAAAAGGAGCACGACAAAUUUACUCUGCGACUGAGCCGCGCCCUCUUCAAUGAGACCCAUGGCCCAAUCGUGAACUACGGCGUACUGGUGACGUCAGAUCGGCGGAGCCUGUCUGUCGAAAAUAAUUCUUUGCUGAAGACCUACUUAAAUAAAACCUACGAUAAAUGGACAGAAGGGAGCACCACUACAUACCUGGCCAUUUUAAAGGAUUCUGAGAGCAGAAAACGUAAUAGUGGAAAUGACCUUGUUGUUGUCGUGGGAGAUGGCACUAAGUUUGGCCUGUAUCGCAAUGGACCACUUACAUCUAAAACGUACAGUUUUGCUGUUGUUACCUUUACCUAUCUGGAAAUAAAAGACAAACUGGUGUCUAUUGAGAAAUCCUUCUUCUCCAUAUCCAAGUUUUAUAAAGAAGAAAUAAGCCUACCAGUAAAUCCAGUGGUCGUCGGUGGUGCUGUAGGCGGAACUCUUGGAGCUCUGCUGAUCCUUUUCUUGGCGACAGUGAUUGCAGCUGUCUGCUGGAAAAAACUUUCCGAAGGAAAAUCUUCAGAUGUCCCUAUUUACUCUAUGAGAGCAAAAGUGAGUGUUCCUGUGAAAGUGGAGAACUACGAGGCUUACUACAAGCAGCACCGGGCGGAUUCCAACUGUGGCUUUGCUGAGCAAUUUGAGAAUCUGAAACCCGUGGGCGUGGCUCAGGCCAAGGCCUAUGCAAUAAUCCCGGAGAACAAAGGAAAGAAUCGCUACAACAACGUUCUGCCCUACGAUUCUUCACGCGUCAAACUGUCAGUCAAUGGAACCCCGCAUGAUGAUUACAUCAAUGCCAACUACAUGCCGGGCUACAACUCCAGAAAGGAGUUCAUUGCAGCGCAAGGUCCUCUGCCCAGCACAUUGAACGAGUUCUGGAGGAUGAUCUGGGAGAAGAACGUUCACACUGUGGUGAUGCUGACAAGAUGCAAUGAGCAGGGACGGGUGAAAUGCGAACAGUACUGGCCCUCUGGGACCCAACAAUACGGCAACAUUGCGGUGAAGACCGCCUCUGACAUCCGUCUGGAAGACUGGACUAUACGGGACUUCAGUGUAAAGAAUCUGAAGACGGCGGAGACCCGCAACGUUCGCCAGUUCCACUUCACAGCCUGGCCGGACCACGGGGUUCCCGAAACCACAGAGCUGCUCAUCAAUUUCAGGCACCUGGUGAGAGAGCACAUGGACCAGUACUCCCUCUACUCCCCGACUGUGGUGCACUGCAGUGCCGGAGUAGGGCGAACAGGAACCUUCAUCGCCAUAGAUCGGUUGAUCUUCCAGAUUGAACACGACAGCAUUGUGGACGUGUACGGCGUCGUCCACGACCUGCGCAUGCACAGACCCCUCAUGGUCCAGACAGAGGACCAGUAUGUUUUCCUAAACCAGUGUGCCCUGGACAUCAUCAGGUCUAGGACUGGGACCAACGUGGACCUCAUCUACCAGAACACAGCGGCACUGUCCAUUUAUGAGAACUUUGAACCAAUGAAGCCAAAAAAUGGCUACCACAAUGCCUAACCAAUGCCCCUGUUUUCACUGAGGCCAUUAUUUCAAAAAGGGAAAUUCUUACACAGAUGGUGAUUGUUAUAUUUAUUUUUCAACUCUAUUGGAGAGUACGUCGACAGAGACUACUGUUUUGAAUUCUUGUAUAAUUACAUUUCAGGUAAGCAUGAGAUCAUUUUACAAGUCAAAACAAAGUGACAAUGAAAAUGCACUGUUGAAAAAGGGUUCAUCCUGACUGAAAGUUUGGAAAAUAUGAAUGAACAUGGAGUUUGUGGAAAGAUAUUUUUACGGUGAUAUACUUUUGCUACAUUCCAACAUGGUCGUCAUACUAGAGAUGAUAUGCUUGAUAUCAUGGUGUGCAAUCCAUAAUCUUUAGUUGUAUAUAUCCUAUUCUGCUGAAAAAAUAUUUUUUUGAAAAAUAUUGAUUUGCCAAGGUAUCAUUCUCAGGAUAUAGUGUAUUUUUUGCCGCCUGUCAUGAGAUAUGUCACGCCUCUAUUAAAAGAGGAUUUUAUCAGAUGCUGUUAAAACAUUUCAAGUGAAGGUUUCUGUGUGCUUUCUCUAGCACAUAUUUCUAUGUCAGAGAUUAUGUAAUUAUGAGAUUAAUUUAUAUAUUUUCCAUUAAAAAUGCUUAUAAGGUCAGCAUUUAAUUUCAGUUCAGACUGUAGCUCCUCUUUUGUGUGCACUGUAACCCUGUGGAAAGUAGAUCCCUUGACAGUAGAUCCCCACUGGCACAGCCUUCUGUCAGGCCUAGAUGGAAGGAGUACUGCUGUCACAUUCCACCACAAAGCCUCCAUCAUACCAAAACAAUGAAGUCCAAACCAAUUUAAGGUCUCAUAUAUCAGGACUUGGGGGGGUAGAACAAGGACGCACUCAGUGUGUCAUUGAUGCGUAGCACCAUGAGUGCUAAUAGUGGAGAGUCUUCAGAUCGCUAAACAUGUUUGAGUGUGAGUGACUGAGUGAGUUACACGCCAGGUCCAUGAGGUGCCUCACAUCUAAAAAUAUAAUUUAACUUGAAAGGCCUCGUGCCUAUGGCAUGUGCAGAGACGCUGUAGACAGUGAUAAAAGCCAAGCCUGAAAAUGAAAGUGUAUUGAAAUGAAUACUAGAGCUGACUGCUCUGUACAAAGCUACUGUAGUGUCCGUGCUUUUUUCUGAGGUCUAUUGAGCAAAAGGCAUUGACAGCACUGCUCCCACGAAUGCACUGGCUGCAUUAAAUUUUUUUAGCCUCUUUUUCUUUGUAAUUGUGUAAAAAAAAGUGUAACGUUUUGCAAUGCAAGGGUAAGAUGUAAUGAAUAUGGAUGAAGUGCAGUGACUGCUGUUAUGUGCUAUUGAAAUAUGAAUCCCCAUUUGUGCAAUAUCACAUGUAUCUUGCCUUGUUGCUUUCUUUUUUGUAAUUGAAUUGAAUUGAAUUGAAAUUGCUAAGCCCCGUGCAUCUGUCAUAUAGCAAUCAUAAGCCAUGUGGUUAUGACAUGAGAUCAUGGGCUAUAACCCUAUACUUACUGUUACCUUUAUUGCCUGUAAUCCAUAAAUUCCAAAGUAUGGAAAAUAGCCAAGGAAGAGCAGCAGGAAGUCUGUGGUGUUGAAAUCUGGUUGGCUGACAGUAAUGAGAAUAAACCAGGGAUAGAUUUUUGAGCUGUAAAACUUGUAGGAUGACAGCAAAAUAUCAAGUGUUAAAUCAACAGUGCAUUUCACACCCGUUGAACUCUUAUAGAGUGAAUUUAGUACUUAAUGGGCUAGUUUCACAGAUGUAGGUUAAGUUUAGUCCUGUACUAAAUUGAGUUUUGUGUGGAGAAUCUUAUUUCUUAUUUUCCACAGUUUCACAGAGAUAAAAUGACUGAAGAAAUUAAAAAAUAGAUCUCACACAAGGAAUUGGUAUAAUGACUAAAUUGGGGAGAAAAUGGCAAAAAUAAAUAAAAUAAAAAUAGAUCUCAAUCCGGGCGAACCUACAGCACUCCCGAAUCUUGGUUUAGUCCUUGUAGCAGGAAAACUUGAACUUUUUUAACAUAGAAAACCCAUAACAAAUGGUUCUCAGAAAUGUGGGCAUGUGGUUUGUAGAGCAAUAACUCUUGCCCUCAGAUAUAUUUAAAUAUUUUUGAAAAAGUUGUUUCCAUUAAACUGUUUCCAUUUUUUUGUUCCACACUGUUAUGAGAAGGGAUUGACCAUGUGGUUCAUAAAAGAUUUAUUUCCUGUACUUGUUGAAUAUGUGAAUUUCAAUGAUGAAACAAUUGUCAUCAUGCCUUUCAUGCCACUAUUUCAAAAGUAUUUCUACUUUUUUAUGACUUGUGUUGCUCACACACUUCCAUUUCUGUUGUUUUACUAGUGUUUGUAAAUUAGAUAUUAAUUUUAUUCCUUAUUCAAAGUCUUAAUGUAAUUCUGUUCAAAAUGUAUAAUGCAGGCAGGUACAAUAUGAAAUGUUAGACAUGUCUAUGCAGUCUGGGAUUUUAAAAAAUGUUGCACUUUUAAAAAGUGUGUGUGUGUGUGUGUGUGUACACAUGUGCUUGUGUGAGAUAGGGAGAGAAUUUGAAAAUAAAAAGUGCUGAUACUAUACAUUUGAUUAUUAAAUAAAUCUAUGCAUUCUAAAGAUA